AUGGCCUGGCUGGAUGUGAUGACUUCUAAUGAAACUGACACUCAGAUUGUUUUUCUCUGCUAUCCCCUCCGACCGGACUCCUGUCUGAAAGUACCUCGUUAUGUCAUGGUUAAAGUGGCAAUGUAUGCUUUCUUGGUGUUGAUGAUCCUCACAACAGUGGGAUUUGGGAACCUGCUGAUCAUCAUCUCCAUCUCUCACUUCAAACAGCUUCAGUCUCCAACUCAUCUGAUCGUUCGCUCUCUAGCUGCCAGUGACUGUCUGCUGGGCUCUUUGGUCAUGCCGUACAGCAUGGUGCGAUCUGUUGAAGGCUGCUGGUAUCUGGGAGAUUUUGUGUGUGAAGUUCAUUCUAGUUUGGACAUGACCUUCUGUAUCUCCUCAAUACUGCAUCUCAGUUUAAUAUCUGUUGACAGGUACUGGGCCAUUUUUGACCCUCUGAGGUACAAAAUAAGGGUCACAAACAACACUGUGACUGUAUUUACUACCUUCAUUUGGCUGUUUUCAUUUCUCUACAGUUUUUCUAUUGUGUUUUCAGGUGUAAACAAAAUUGGUUUGGAGUCGUUCAUCAUGCAGUUUUAUUGUGUGGGAAGUUGUGUUUUGGUUUUUAACAAGCAAUGGGGUAUUAUAUGUCCAAUUCUCACAUUUUUGCUUCCUGGGAUGAUCAUGAGCUCUCUGUAUAUAAAAAUCUUCUAUGUUGCACGAAAACAUGCAAAGGUUAUGUCAGAAAGAGUGACUGGAGGGUUAAAGAGCCAAAGCUCUGCUCACAGAGAGAGAAAAGCAGCUAAAACUCUGGCCAUUGUCAUGUGUGUUUUUUUGUUCUGCUGGCUGCCGAAUUUUACUGCUGCUGCUCUUGACCCUUUUUUUAAUUUAUGGACCCCAGCUGUUGUUUUUGAUGCUUUGUUUUGGUUUGGAUAUUUCAACUCGACUUGUAACCCCUUGAUUUAUGGAUUUUUCUACCCUUGUUUUCAGAAGGCUUUUAAGAUUCUCAUAUCCACUUAUAUUUGUGGCAUCAAACAUUCUAACACAUUGAUAUUUGAAUGAAUACUGCUCUCACACUAAUUUCAGGCAUCACAAUAAAUAUUUAUUUUCAUGUAAUUCUUUUAAAUUUCAUAUAUGCUGGAACCGUUUUGCAAAUGUCUUUUACUUGGAGCA